UACAAACAGCAUCAGGAGCAGCAUCAGUAUCGGCAUCAGUAUCCCUGGGUAUCCGCUCACAACAUGGGACUCGGCGUCACCCUUACCUGCCUGCUCUGCCUCACCCUGCCCCGGUACCACUCUGCAGAGCAAGUUAUACUUCUGGAUUCCAAAGAAUCGCAAGCAGAGUUGGGUUGGACCUCACACCCAUCCAAUGGAUGGGAAGAAAUCAGUGGCGUUGAUGAGAAUUACAAACCGAUUCGUACCUACCAGGUGUGCAAUGUGAUGGAGCCAAACCAGAACAACUGGCUACAAACCGGCUGGAUCCUGAGGAGAAAUGGACAAAGAAUCUUUAUUGAACUCAAGUUCACCUUGAGGGACUGUAACAGCAUUCCUGGAGUGGUGGGGACAUGCAAGGAGACCUUUAAUCUCUACUACAUAGAAUCUGAUUAUGACCUGGGAAGAAACAUCAAAGAGAGCAGGUAUAUCAAGAUUGAUACUAUAGCGGCUGAUGAGAGCUUCACCCAAGGGGACCUAGGGGAGCGUAAAAUGAAACUGAACACGGAAGUCAGGGAGAUCGGCCACCUGAACAAGCGAGGUUUCCACUUGGGAUUCCAGGAUGUCGGGGCCUGUGUUGCAUUAGUCUCAGUGCGUGUCUAUUAUAAAAAGUGCCUCUCCACGGUGCAGAACUUAGCCGUUUUUCCAGACACAGUGGCAGAGGCAGCAUUUUCGACUCUGGUGGAAGUUAGGGGGACUUGUGUGAAUAACUCUGAAGUAGACCUGGAUAAUCCACCUAGGAUGCAUUGCAGUGCAGAGGGGGAGUGGCUGGUCCCGAUUGGAAAAUGUACAUGUAGUGCUGGCUUUGAAGAAAAGGAGGGUAGCUGUGCAGGUAAAAAUCAGUUUCCCAUCUCUAUAGAUUUGCUGAAGUAAUGUCUGUCAUAUAUCUGCGGGGAGAAAAAAAAAAUGUCUCCAUAACUGAAUGUUAAACUUUAGUAGGUAAUUGUUGAGAUUCAAUUGUCAUUUUGUUCCAGCCUAUAUAAUACUGGAACAUGCUGUGAAAUGUAUCCUUUGAAUGUGUGUGCUCUGCUUUGCAAAUUAACAAUCAGUCAUGAUCGCUACAGUUACCCUCAAUGUGGUUUAGGCGGUUAUCAAAGAAAAUGUUAAUUGUGCCAUUUUUCUAUGUCAUACAAAAUUGCUUUUUUUCAUAUCUGCCCUAAGUGAUUUCCAUUUUUUCAAAACAACCUCAAAGUAAAGUAUUCUGGUGAUAUCCUGCAGCUAAGAUCUACUUAGUAAGAUCUUAUUGUCAUAUAAACCUUCUAAUACAAGGCAAUUACUAAUAUGCAUUCAUGUAUCUAAAAUGGCAAAAUGGCUACCAAUGAAUCACACAUUUUGGUUUACUGGAAUAACCUGUAAAAUCCCUAGAUGCCCAUGUCUUUAAUUUGAUCUAACAUUUGACAUCAAAUGUAUUAAGUGGUCCCUCAUAACAGAUAAGUGUUUAUGGCAAGGUCUAAAAAAACCAAUAACUGAGCUUUUACA